AGGUCCCCGAGAUGGAGUUAAGUUGGUUCACCUGGACGACGCUGCUGACACUCCUCUACCUACAGCCAGGUGUGAGCGAGCGGGCGUUGUUCUUCCAGCCAGACAACCUGCCCAGCUCGGAGGCCAGAGCUACCAUCAUGCUGGACCCAACCUCCAGCCCCCCUCUCACCAACCUCUCUGUGUGCUCCUGGUUUUGGAUCCACCACUUCAGGGAGAAGACCUACGUGUACUCCUACGCCACCUCUGACAAGAACAACAACGAACUCAAUAUGGGCCUUAAAGAGUACGUGGCAUACAUAGCGGUGGGCGGGAACUACAAGUACGGCCUCAGGAAUAUGACCUACGUCCCUGGCGUCUGGUAUCACAUCUGUUUCGUCGUCCAGUACAAGAAGUUUUUCGUCUAUCUCGAUGGGCAGCUGCAGAACACUGACGAUAUCACCCCGCGCAAUAUCCUGAUGAACGGCUCCCUAGUGCUGGGCCAGGAGACGGACCUGGUGCAGGGCGGUUACCAGGAGCAACAGAGCUUCUCCGGCAUCAUCACCGGCUUCAACCUGUACAGUCGUGGCCUGAGCAAGGAGGAGGUGCUUGCCUUGGCCAGAUGUUCCUCCAGCGUCGACGAGGGUGACAUAGUGGCUUGGUCCUCAACCUCCUGGCAAAUCGAGGGUCAGGUCACAGAUUUCGACCUACCACAGCAAGAGUACUGCACCCGUAGUUCCCAGACGACGUUGUUCCCGGAGAGGCUGACUAACGCCGCUGCCCGUCAGUGGUGCACCAACCUCAAGACGGUAAUGAGCCUUCCCCGCAAUGCCGAGGAGAACACCAGGCUCUACCAGGCAGCUACGCCCUUCAUCUCUGUCUGCCAGCCACCCAACCACGCCAAAGGAUUCUUCUGGAUCGCCGCCACUGACGCAGCAGAAAAUGGCAAAUGGACAGACCUGGAGGGGAAUCUACUCAACUUUACCAACUUCAAGGGAUCAUCUACGUCCAAGACCCUCAACUGUGCUGGGCUGUUGAUCCCUCCCCAGGUCGAGGAGUGGGACGACAUUAAUUGUAGUGACACCUACAAGUUUUGCUUCGCCUGCGAGGAGGAGGAGGUACCUGCCGUGCUCAAGAUGCGGGGACUGUGUGAGACUGACAUAAAGUCCGCCUGGUUUACUCUACAUCAACAGGGUGCACAAAGGCCCACCUUCAUGGGCUUCACCAAAUACCACGUGUACUUAAAAGAGGAAACAAGCACCUGGUACCUGCACGAUCAGUGGAAGAACCUCACCCUGGCCACCUACUACACCUACGACCUCUCCUACCCCAUCGGCACCCACCAGUGGAUACUCACCACCAACUAUAACGUCUGCGGCAAACCUGAAGGUGCACAACACGAGUUGUCAUUGUCAGCGUGCUACGACUGGGAAUACACAUGUGGGGACGGUACCUGCAUCAAGCUGGAGCAGCGGUGUGACCUGCGGGUGGACUGUCCAGACAAUACGGACGAGACAGGGUGCGAAAAGCUGGUACUACCCAAGGGCUACCUCUCUACCCUGACCCCGGCUGGUGUAUCCCUCGGCCCGCUGAAAAUGAACCUGUCCCUCUCCAUCCAAGGCUUCUCUGAGAUCAACAUCCGAGACAUGAAGCUGACGGUAGACCUGUCGACUACGCUCUCCUGGCUGGACCAGCGCCUCCGAUACACCAACCUUAAGGACCUGGACGAGAUUAACUAUAUCGAGCUUUCACAGGUAUGGACGCCCAAGGUGGAAUACAUGAACGCAGACUUCCCCAAGAUCUACACCACUGACCCCGUCCUCACCGCCAGACGCGUCUCACCCCCGGAGCCAGACGACCCCUCCGCCCCCACCCACGAUGAGGUGUAUGAAGGGAGGAGCAACCCCCUGAGACUGAGUCAGAAGGUCAACGCUCCCUUCUCCUGUUCUAUGAACCUCAGGAACUUCCCCUUCGACACCCAGCAAUGUCACCUGCUGCUGCGACUCACCUCCGCCAGACUGGACUUUCUCAUCUGGCAGGACCUGAACGUCACCUACCUGGGAGAGGUGCUGCUGACAGAGUAUGAGGUGGCUGCCGUGGUCAUCGCGCACAAGGUGAAUCUUAACUACAGUGUGGCCGACGUGAAGAUCACACUAUACCGCCGCUUCUGGUUCUACCUGACGUCGACCUACCUGCCCACCAUCAUGCUCAUGGUGAUCAGCUACGCCUCGCUCUACUGCAAGCGAGAGAACACUGACCUAAGGGUGAUGAUGUCGCUCACCACGCUGCUCGUGCUCUACGCCCUCUACCAGCAGAUCUCUGACGGCCUCCCCAGGACCUCCUACACCAAGGCCAUCGACGUCUGGUGUUUCUUCGCCAUCACCUUCAUAUUCACAAUGGUAAUUUUCCACGUGUUGGUGGACCUGACAGGCAAAAUCUCGUAUGGAUUGAGGAGACGCCGCCAUGUGUCCAUCCCAAAAGAAGUCAGCUGGAGUGUGGACGAGCCAAAACCGAAGAAGGGGAGCAGGUCCAUGGUGGCCGCCAGGAUUAUCUACGCCAUCAUUGUGUUCAUAUUCUUGGUCAUCUACUGGACUGUGGUCAUCACCAACAUAGAGUACUAACUUACUGACAGUCGUCUGCUGUGAUUAUGAAAAGUUUAUUUUCCCAGUGAAAAUAAUAUUAAGGAAAGUUAACCAAAUUUUUCAUAAAGUCAGUUUGUUUACAUAAUAUUCAUGUACAUCUAUUUAUAGUUCAACUAAUUAUCUUGUCAAUUCAUUUUUAAAAUGAUUUCGUAAGAUAAGACAAAAAUACUGACAUAAUCAUGACGAAGUAAAAAUGUAAGGGCGGUCUAUACGUACAGUACGCGAGACCUUGUUCUAUUAGUAGUUGUACAAAAUACUCUUUGUUUAGCUCUUUUUAACAUUAAACUCUCCAAGAAGCUAAUUUCCCAAAUUCUGUUCAUCUUUUGUUAAUGUUACAAUGCAUGCACUCACACUACAUUACAAGUGCAUACCAUCUGAUAUUAGUACCAAGUUGGAAGCAUCACUUCUUGUCCAAAUCACCUUAGUUAAGCAACGUUGGGCCUGGUUAGUACUUGGAUGGGUGACCGCCUGGACCUACUGUACUGUACUGUAAGUACACCAGAUGCUGCUGGCAUAAGGAACUCUACUGGAAACAAACCUAUCGUUGCUUUGUCAGCUUUCAUUGGUCAUAUUGACCGAAUAUAAAUUAUUAUUAAUAUUAUUACCCAGAGGAAGCACGUAGGUAAAUGCCAGGAGCGUGCGUGGAGCUCCUCAAGGUCGACUGUUAAAUUUGAGACGUCUGAAUCUGAAACCGUGUAUACAAAAGAAUUUUUUUCAUUAUGUGCAUCGCUUAAAAAGCAUAAAAAUGAUAAACAUUAGUUUGUACAUUUUUCUUUGUUGUAGAGUACAGUGUAUUACUGUAAUGUAUCAAAUGACCUUUCAUGUUGACUCGGCGAUAGUUUGAUAAUACUGCUUGGCAUGAGACAACACGUCUACGAUGACAGGUCAAUUCUCCGGACUAUACCCAGUACAUCUGUUGGUGUUAUGUGACCUUGAAGUAACACAAUUCAGGAGCAUCAACAAUCUUAGGAACAGGACAGCACCACGUACUAAUUUCUGGCAUUGACCUGUGACCUUACUUAAUAAAUGUUACCUUUUCAUAUAAAUAA